GAGUCCGUUUCCCUCUUUUCCAUUCUCCUACAGCCGUAGGCCGAAGUCGGUACUCACUGUUCUCGUUGACCCUAAUGCCACAGGACUUUGCUGGUAUCCUGCCAUUGUUUGUUCACAUGCAAGACUCAUAGUUUCCUCUUUGUUUGCAGGACUGACCUACAGCUUCAGAUACUAAACUGGUGCCAGAGGCUCUGAAGCAUGAGUCAGCGUACCCGAGCCCCCAAGGUGCGACAGCAUGUCCACUGUGAUUCCUGCUACAGCCGGCGCUGCAGGGCUCGGGUGGAGGCCUCUGUGUGCUGUGCGGUCAUCCCCUGCCGACUGGUCUGUGGAGCUCUCUUCCACCUGUGCAAAGAGGAGGAUCACCUGCUGCUUUGCCCCAACGUGAGGGUGCCCUGCCUCAACGUUGAGUACGGCUGCCCGCUCCACAUGCCCCGCUCCUCGCAGGCAGCUCACCUCCAGGUGUGUCCGGCCAGUGUGGUGUUUUGCUCCAUGGAGUGGAACCGCUGGCCGGCCAACGAUGCCCAUUCGUAUCCGAACACAGAGCUGCAUGAAAACCUAAUCAGGGAAAGAGAGAAGGGAGGAUGUCUGGACCUGGCCAUGGCCCUGAAAGACCAGGACCUUCUGUUUCACUCCAUGAAGAUGAAGAAGCUGUUCCCAGAGCUAAUCCAGACUGUGGAGGAGGACAAAGAGGAAGAUAGGAGGGAGGAGGAGAGGAGGAAGGAGAAGCGGAAGCAGAAGAAGGAGGCAGCAGAAAAGGCUGCAAAGGAGGCCAGUCUUCAAUCCUGGGAGUCUCUUAACAUGUUUGAAAUGUGUAACAAUGAUGACAACGAAGAUGAGAAUGAAGAUGAGGUUGAGGUUGAGCUAACCCAGGAGGAGAGAGAGGCUAUUGCUAGGGGCACAGGAGUGAAUGAAGAUCUCUUAGAAAACUACAACGCCUGGGAGAGCAUGUUCACUAUGGAGAUGGGUGGCUGUAGGGAAGCUGUUGGGGCAGCUGUGGCAGGCAGAGACCAGAGACGUUCUAAAGGGAGAGAAAUAGGCCUGAGCACUCAGACAGAGGAAGAUGCAGCAGAUACCUGUGUGGGUGCGACAGCAUCAAACAUCUCCACAUCCUCCUCUUGUCUCGCUGGAAAACCGAAGAAGGAAUUUGUUUACGGACAUGUGGAGCCGAUGAAGAUUAUCACAGUGCGUACCUUUAAAACUCCAACCAGCUUCUCUGCCAGGAAUGUCCGCAUCCGUAACCCUAAUUUUUACAAGAGGGAGAGACGAGCUGUGGAUACCAGCGACCUGGGGGUGGCGCUAGAGGACAUGCCAGUGUGGGAGGAAGUUCAGGCCUCUCUGCUGUGCUCCCUGGAGAAGGAGCAAAGGGGUCACCUCAUUGCAGAGAGCGUGUGCACAGACGGUCUGCUACAAGACGAAGGUACACAGACCUACAACUUCCUGUCUGCUCCUUUCCUGAGAGAAACCUCGCUGGCCGAUCUGACUGCUGCAAAACCGCUGGAGCUGCACCUUCAGCUGCAGGUGGAGAGUGUCACCAGCCGGCACCACAAGGCCAGCUCCGCCUUCACCUUCCUCUGCGGACACACCUUCCAGCGCAGAGAAUACGGCAAACAUUAUAAGAACGUCCACAGUGACAUCCAGAUGGGUGUGAAUGGAUGGUUUGAGCAGAGAUGCCCGCUGGCGUACCUGGGAUGCACCUACAGCCAGAGGAGGUUACAGCCCUCCACACACGAAGCCACCGUCUCCUACAACCAUGAUCUGGGCUGCUUCAACCUUCAUCCGAACAUCCCUGUCUUUCUGGGUGACGCCUCCCAGCCGUCCGGGACCUCAGAGGACUCUCUGAGCUUGCUGCCCUAUGAGGUGCUGUGCCACAUGGUCAGUUUCCUGGACAGUCUAUCCCUGUCCCAGCUGGCUCUGGUGUCCCAGCUGAUGAGGCAGUUGUGCUCCUCUCUGCUGCAGGAGAGAGGGAUGGUCACCCUCCACUGGGAGAAGAAGACUUACUCACACGGAGGAGCCAAGUGGAGGGUGAAGCAGAUGGUUUGGCAGUUCAGCACUUUGUUCUCUCCUGUGGACGCUUGGUGCUUCCAAAACGUGCCGUCCCUGUCCGAGCAUCUAAAGGUGUGUCCCUGCUAUGAGAGAGAGUCCAGGACAGAGAAGAUUCACCUGCCGCGUAUCAGAGAAGAAGAAGUCCAAACCAAGACAAGCUGCAAUGGUCCCGCUCUGGUUACCAUGUUCCAUCAGAGGAUCACGAUGUAGUGAUUACACAAUGAUUACAUUUGUUUUAUAAUAAUUAGAAAACAGGCAGCUUGUUUCAUGUUGCCUGCUUUUUUCUCUCUUUCCCCCAUACUUCCCAUUACUGCGGUCCACUGUCAUUAAAAACAAGAAAAAAGCCAUUAAUAAUAAAGAAUUGAGUGAAACCUGAGUUAUCUAAUUACUGAACAAGUCAGGAGGAGCUAUACAUUUGAAAUGCAGUCACGAAUAUAA